CGGACUACGUGCGUGCGCUUGCGCGCUGGCGGCGGCGGCGGCGUCAGUGCCCGGCGGGGAGCGGGUCCCAGGCCGCCGCCGGACCGGAGGCUAAGGGGGCGUCUGGGAGCUCCCUCGCCGGGCCCUCGGCGGCCUGAUGGCGUAGGAAGGACGGGCAGUGAGUGUUGACAUUGAAUGCUUCAGAUCUGGUCACUAUGGUCCGAGAACGAAAAUGCAUAUUGUGCCACAUUGUGUACGGCUCAAAAAAGGAGAUGGACGAACACAUGAGGAGCAUGUUGCAUCACAGGGAACUUGAGAACUUGAAGGGCAGGGACAGUAGUCAUGAGUGCCGAGUGUGCGGGGUCACAGAAGUGGGUCUCUCUGCAUAUGCAAAGCACAUUUCUGGCCAAUUGCACAAAGAUAAUGUUGAUGCCCAGGAAAGAGAAGAUGGUGGAAAGGAAGAGGAAGAAGAAGAUUAUUUUGACAAGGAACUUGUUCAGUUAAUACAGGAAAGAAAAGAACAAAGUCGACAAGAUGAGCCUUCCAGUAACAGCCAAGAAAUAAACUCAGAUGACAGGCAACCCCAGUGGAGACGAGAAGACCGAAUCCCUUACCAAGACAGAGAGAGCUUUAAUCAACCAGCAAGGCAUCAUCGUGGACCUCCACCACGGGAUUGGAAAUGGGAAAAGGAUAGCUUUAAUAAUACUAGGAAAAGUAGCUUUCCACAUUCUUUGAGGAAUAGUGGUGGGCCAAGAGGGAGUUCUGGGUGGCAUAAAGGUGCUACAAGAGGCUCUUCAACUUGGUUCCAUAGUCAUAGUAAUUCUGGAGGAGGUUGGCAUUCAAACAAUGGAAUGGUAGAGUGGAAUUAUAAUAGUGCAGGAAGGAAUUCCAGUUGGCAUUCUGAAGGAACAGGUGGCUUUCCCAGCUGGCACAUGAGCAACAGUAACGGAAACUGGAAAUCCAGUGUACGUGGUACAAAUAGUUGGAAUUACAAUGGCCCUGGAGACAAAUUUCAACAAGGAAGAAACAGAAAUUCUAAUUAUCAAAUGGAAGAAGUGACUAAGCUGUGGAACAAGAAGUCUAAUAAGCCAAGCAAGUACAGUCAGGAGAGAUACAAAUGGCAGUGGCAAGACAGUGACAAAGCUGGUAAAUACAGAAGCUCUUCUGAGGGGUUUGCAAGUGAUAAAUUUCCCCCAGAAGGCUUACUUGAGUUCAGUUUUGAGCAGCGAGAAAGUCAGACCACUAAACAAACAGACACAGCAUCAAAAGUUAACGGAAAGAGUGGCAACAUAGCAAGGGAAAAGUUCCGCCGCUGGACACCUUACCCUUCCCAGAAGACUCCAGAUCUACAGUCAGCCCUGAAAGAAGUCACUGGCAACAAGUCAGAAAUGACAGAUAAGCCUCUCUUUAAUUUUAGCUUAAUAACUGCUGGAAUGCAAGAGCCAAUUGAUAAAAUAAGUAAUCCCCCAAUGCUACAAACACAAAAGGAAAUGCUUCCUGGAUCUCCCAGUCACAAAGCUAUUCCUGACGGCAUUGCUUUCUGUGAGGUGGUGAGAGCUUGCCCCAUUACUGAACAGUCUGAACCACACCGUAAGUCAAAUAAGAUUCCAUUAUUGAAAUCCCCACUCCUUCCUCUUCCAACUCCUAAGUCAGGCCCUCAUAAGCAUAAUUUAAAGAACCGCACAAAAAACAAUGAAGCAAAAUCCUUUUCUUCUGGAGAUUGCUCACAUCUCUUGAAAAAGUCCCCUUUAGAAGGCAGCCAUGGUUCUCCUUACACAUCCAAGUCACACGGUUUGUGUUCCCGCAUUUUAAAGGGGAAUAAAACUGUGUCAGGUACUGGAAAAGAGCCUGUUGAGAAGUUAAAUGACACAUCACAGAAAGCCCAAGAGGCAUUCCAGUGUUCCAGGACACCUCAAAAGCCGCUCCUUAGCACGUCCAAAAGACCACAGAACUGUGCAAAAGAAAGUAGGAUUGUACAAGAGCCAACACAAGACUCUGUGAACAUUGAGUUUCAGGCCCAUUCAGCUGAAAAUGAUGGUGCAACAUCUGAUCCAGAAAACCAUGCCAUAAAAAGUGGAGUGGUGGCUUUGGAGACUACAGAAGCCGAGUCCUGUAGCACUCACACUGUGGAAAAGGAACAAGGGAACCAGAUCCUGGGAACAUCUGGGACCCUUUCCUCCUCCCCACAUAAUUCCACAGUUCACCAGAAAGUGGCCGAGUUACAAGUGACAACAGCAGCUGGUCCACACUCCAGCUUACUGUUAGACUUGAAGAGCUCUCUAGAAGAUGUACAGGGUAAUGAUCUUGUUAAACCCGAUGCACCUUUUGAGACAGAAAGUUUUGAGGGCACUAGCUUGGAUGCAGAGCUUCAAAAGAGUGAUGUCAGUAAUCAGCCCCCAGGCACACUCCUGCCUGAACUAAGUAAACUUGGUUUUCCUGCCUCACUCCAGAGAGAUUUAACCAGGCACAUUAGUUUGAAGAGCAAAACCGGGGCACAUCUCCCAGAGCCAAACCUCAAUAGUGCUCGACGUAUUCGAAAUAUUAGUGGCCACCGAAAGAAUGAGGCAGAGAAGGAAUCAGGGCUUAAGCCAACCUUACGACAGAUUCUAAAUGCAUCAAGGAGAAAUGUCAACUGGGAACAGGUUAUUCAACAAGUAACCAAGAAAAAGCAAGAGCUGGGCAAAGGUUUACCCAGGUUUGGCAUAGAAAUGGUGCCUUUGGUUCAGAAUGAACAGGAAGUCUUGGAUUUAGAUGAGGAACCUGAUCUGUCCAGACUAGAAGGAUUCCAGUGGGAAGGUGUUUCCAUUUCUGCAUCCCCUGGCUUGGCAAGAAAGCGAAGCCUUUCUGAAAGCAGCGUGAUCAUGGACAGGGCUCCUGUGUACAGCUUAUUUAGUGAGGAAGGUACCGGCAAAGAAAAUGAACCCCAGCAGAGUACUUCACUUAGUAACCCAUUGAGUGCUGCUGCUCAGAGUCAAAAGGCGGCCAUGUAUCUGGAACAGGAAGUAGCACCUCUGACUCCCUCUGCCAGAACAGGUGAAAGGGUUGGAAACAUUCCUAUCCACCGGCGACAUAGUACACAGUUACCUUCUGAUCACGUGAUACCUUUCAUGCAUUCGGCCAGAGACCUGCACAGCCAGGAGAGGUCUACACCAUCGUUGGAGCGCCAUGCCCAGGAGAGCAAUGGAGAAGGAAACUCACUCUCAUCAAAUGCAUCUUCAGUUCAUGCAAUCUCCAGCUUAGUGGAUGCAGCCACUGACAGUAGCUGUACCUCUGGUGCCGAGCAAAACGAUGGUCACAGUGUUAGAAAGAAGCGAAGAGCCACUGGGGAUGGAUCGUCCCCUGAACUACCAAGUCUAGAGAGAAAAAAUAAAAGAAGGAAAAUUAAAGGAAAGAAAGAACGUUCUCAGGUUGACCAACUGUUGAAUAUUUCCUUAAGAGAGGAAGAGCUGAGCAAGUCACUGCAGUGCAUGGAUAGCAACCUCCUGCAGGCGCGGGCAGCACUGCAGACCGCGUACGUGGAAGUUCAGAGGCUGCUCAUGCUCAAGCAGCAGAUAAGUAUGGAGAUGAGUGCGCUGAGGACUCACAGAAUACAGAUUCUGCAAGGACUACAAGAAACGUAUGAACCUUCUGAACACCCAGACCAGGCUCCCUGUAGCCUCACAGCACGAGAACAAAGGAACAGCCAAUCUCAGACCCCUGUUGAAACCACACUGCUGCCUGCUCCCUUUUUCCCAGGGUUUCUGGAGCCACCUCCUUCCCUUAUGUCUCCAUCAUCCAUUGGAACCCCUCUUCAAAUAACCACAUCUGCUUUCCAAGUCCAUGGUACUGUCCCUGACUCAUCAGUUCAGAUUAAACAAGAGCCCUUGUCUCCUGAACAAGAAGGGAAUGUGAAUGCUGUGCCACAAGGCUCUGCUUCCAGUGUGUCCAAGGAAUUACUGCAAACAAAUAGAAUGGUCAGUAACAGCCAUCCAGUUAGCCCAGCCCUCCCUGCAGUAUUAACAUCAGGAUCAACAGAAAGUUGCCAGGAGGCUAACCAGGGUCAGAAUUGUUCUGUGGAGCAAGGAAGUUCCAGAAGCAGAGAAAACUCGCUCUCCUCUCAGCCUUGUGAUUUUCCUGGCAUAAAUAGAGGUGAAGAAUCUGCCAAAGGCAGCAGUGGCUCCGAAGCUUGCAGCAGCUCUUUCCUCAGGUUGUGUUUUACUCCUGAAACCCCUGUGGAGAAGGAAACUCACACUCCACCUGAGCAGCAGGCAGAAUCCACACUGGCAUCAGCUGAAACUAGAGGGAGCAAGAAGAAGAAGAAACUUCGCAAGAAGAAGACACUUCGGGCCACCCAUGUUCCUGAGAACAGUGACACCGAACAGGACGUGUUUACUGCUAAACCUGCAAGAAAGGUAAAGACUGGAAAGGUAGCUAAAGGGGGGAAAGUAACGACCUCCACCUGGGAAGACGGCAGAACUGGUCAGGAGCAUGAACCUGUCAGAGAUGAGCCAGACAGUGAGUCCUCCCUGGAAGUCCUGGAAGUCCCAAAUCCUCAGUUAGAAAUAGUUGCCAUUGAUUCUUCUGAAUCUGGAGAAGAGAAGCCAGACAGCCCAUCGAAAAAAGAUAGCUGGAGCUCCGCAGAACAGAACCCGGCAGAAGCUUCUCGUUCUGGUUGUGAUGAAGUUAGCUCUACCAGUGAGCUUGGCACCCGCUACAAGGAUGGCAUUCCCGUCAGUGUGGCGGAAACCCAGACAGUGAUCUCCUCUAUAAAAGCAUCGAAGAACUCUUCAGAACUGUCAUCAGAGCCAGGAGAUGAUGACGAGCCCACAGAAGGGAGCUUUGAGGGACACCACGCUGCCGUGAAUGCAAUUCAGAUAUUUGGAAACUUACUGUAUACUUGUUCAGCUGACACAACUGUCCGAGUUUAUAAUUUGGUGAGUCGGAAGUGUAUUGGUGUCUUUGAGGGUCAUACUUCCAAAGUGAACUGCCUCCUUGUCACUCACACCUCUGGGAAGAAUUCUGUCCUUUACACUGGUUCCAGUGACCACACCAUUCGCUGCUAUAAUGCCAAGACCCGAGAAUGUAUGGAACAAUUAAAACUGGAAGACCGGGUUCUCUGCCUUCAUAACAGAUGGCGAAUGCUCUAUGCUGGACUAGCAAAUGGCACUGUGGUCACCUUCAACAUAAAGAACAACAAGCGACAGGACAUCUUUGAAUGCCAUGGCCCUCGGGCAGUCAGUUGCCUUGCCACAGCUCAGGAAGGUGCCCGAAAACUGCUGGUCGUAGGAUCUUAUGACUGUACCAUUAGUGUCCGUGAUGCACGGAACGGACUGUUGCUCAGAACCCUGGAGGGCCACAGCAAAACCGUCCUCUGCAUGAAGGUGGUGAAUGACCUGGUGUUCAGCGGCUCCAGUGACCAGUCGGUCCAUGCUCACAACAUACAUACUGGUGAGCUUGUGCGCAUUUAUAAAGGUCACAAUCACGCAGUGACUGUGGUGAAUAUCCUGGGGAAAGUAAUGGUGACUGCUUGCCUGGACAAGUUUGUUCGAGUCUACGAAUUGCAGUCCCAUGAUCGACUGCAAGUUUAUGGAGGACACAAAGACAUGAUCAUGUGUAUGACCAUCCAUAAAAGUGUGAUUUACACUGGUUGUUAUGAUGGAAGCAUCCAAGCUGUGCGACUGAAUCUGAUGCAGAAUUACCGCUGUUGGUGGCAUGGCUGCACUCUGAUAUUUGGUGUUGUGGAUCAUCUAAAACAGCAUCUGCUGACUGACCACACUAAUCCGAACUUUCAGACACUGAAGUGUCGCUGGAAGAAUUGUGAUGCUUUUUUCACAGCUAGGAAAGGAUCCAAGCAGGACGUUGCAGGACAUAUUGAACGACAUGCUGAAGAUGACAGCAAAAUGGAUUCAUGAAGUUUUUUUUUUGCCUCCCAUGUUGGGAAGUCAUUCAUAAACUAUUUUCACAUUGGCCCCUCACACGGGCCACUCUGUCCUUCUCCAGUGAAGCUGGGAAGGAGAAAAUGGUUCACAGCCAGAUGUACCAUUAGCAAAUUCUGGGCAGUCUGUGGGAUGAUAGGUUACAUGCAACUCAAGUCUGUGCUGGAGCGUGUAAGGGUGAUAUUUAAGCACAUGCUAAGGAACCAUACUCUUCUGGGAGAAAUGACAUACAGUGAUUUAUGCUACUAGACUAUUGGUGUUUAUUAAAGAUUCAGAUUUUAAUUGGUUACCCAGUUUGACCCUAAUCAUACACAUAUUUUAUUGAUUCAGUUUGUGAUUUCUGCUUUAUGUUCUUAUGAUGGCUUAUGAUAGAUUUUUCAGGAUCAGUUUUAAUUUCUCCUUUUGAAAUAACUGGGUAUUUAAAUUUGAAGCAAAUUUUUUAAAAAUAAUUAUGUGCAGUGUUUCACUAUUAAGUGCUCUGUAGAUGAACAAAGCUGGCUGUAGGUGCUAAAGGAAACAUAGUAGAGUCCCUAGAAACAGCCUGGCUGCUCUGCUUGCUGUAUUUUAGAGUUCAGACAAGUUCCAGGACAGGAAGCGCUAAGACAGCAUUUCCUAGGAAGUCACUCCAGAGUGCUCAGUGUGGCGGCUCCCUUCACUGCUGCACUCGCUGGAGGCGUGAACGGAAGGCCUGCUUCUGGCUCUCAGAGUCUCAUGGAGCCUCAACGCCUUUCAGAUUGCUCCAUUGCCAGUCCCCACCUCUUACUGUCUUGCUGUGCCCAGAGCAGUAGCACAGGAGGCUCACAGGGUACUUUGAGCCCACCUGCAGCACAGCAACCUACGUCACAUGCCUUAAUAGGAUUGCUUUGUGCUUGGAUUUUCUCAAGACUUGUAUGUAAAACUAAGUGUUCCUUUCUAAUCUUUUGUUUCUGGGUUCUCAAAACUCAGUUCUUCAGAGGGAGAGGACCCUUUUGCCACAUAUUUAUCCUAGCAUUGGAUGCGCUGCUUUCUGGCACUAGGAUUGCAGCCUCUGUUUUUGUAACUGGCCAGAUCACACUUCCCCAUAGGCUCCAGGGCAGGGCAACUCUGCCAGGAAUUCAUAGAUGGGCUGCAAGCUGGUCUGUGAAUCCUCUGAAAUUGCGUGGAAGACUAUCCCCCCCCCCCCCCUCCAGGAAUGGUUCCAGUAGUACUUGCUGGAUCCAGAAAAUGUUAAGAACAAAUCUAGGAGCAAAUACUAGCUCAUGAGUGGCCCACAAAUGAGUGGCUGUUCACAUGUAGCCUAUUGUGUGGAAAAAUUUGUUGACCACAUGGCUUAGAUGUGAAGAGAACCAUUGUGAUGCUGAGAUCUUAUUGACAAAGCAUAUUUAUGCUGUUCAUGUAUAAGAUUAAAGUCCUUUCUACCUUUCACCUCCACUUCCUGUAAGGGUGACCAGAGGAGCCACACUUCGUUGUCUCUGGGAAGUGAUUUAUUAGGGAAGUUAGCUUGGGUUUAUUGCUAAACCUGCAUCAUUCUCUGAGUUUCCACGUUGGCAGAGCAGUGUGCUGAGGAAGCUGGUUCCCUGUAGGGAAGGAUGAGAGCAGCAGGGAGGAAAAAUGCAAGGUGUUGACCAGUGGUGAAGAUGCUUGAGAGUUUGAGGGCAGACAGUCCAGCAGGACUAGCAGGAACUGUGAUCUGGGUUUCCCUUGGUAACGUUGUAUGCACGUGUCUGCCUGCUCACCCUUGUGUGUGGGGGCACCUCCUCACUCACAGGGUUGCUUUGAAGCAGUAUGAUGAACUCAAGAACAGGCUCAGGUCACUGUUCUGCAGGUUGAGCUGUCUUGUGUUGCACUGAGAAUGAAGAACUCUGAGUUCCUUGGCUCCUCAACAGUGGCUGCCCAUAGAAGACAGAACUGUGGAAUCUUCUUAAGCUAUUCAUUGUGUCUGUCAUUCAUGAUCAGCCAGCCUCCAGUUCUCCUCAGAAGGGGCACCUUGGAUAUGUGCUGACUUUUGUUUGGUAAUUUGAUGAAGAAAGGAAAGUGACUUAUGACCUGCCAAAAUCCAAGACAUUUCUUAUGAGUACUUGCAGGUCAUUUUUAAUGGUUUUAAAUUUUUUUAUGCCUAGUCCAGCUGCUCAAAGCAAAGAAAAUCCUUAAAAAAUCCUUUUGUGUUUACAGUAACUAUUUUAAUAAAAUACCACACUUUCAGUUUUUUGGGUUUUUUGUUUUUGUUUUUAAUUUUCAAAACACAUUUUGGCAUACUCUGCUCAACUGUAAACAAUACAAAUAAAGAAAAGAGCAAAAAUGUCAUCCUGACAUUACUUAAGUUUGAGAAGUCGUUAUUAGCAUUACAUUUGUUGCUUUUGUGAAGAAAAUGUUUAAUUCUGGAGAGUUAGCGAUUAAAAAUUCAAAUUCCUGAACUACAUAAAAUCCACACCAAUACUUUUAUGAUUGAAGUGAUUGUUGCCAACAAAGGUUUUGGGUUUGUUUUUGCUUGUUUGUUUGUUUGUUUGUUUGUUUUAUGGUAGAGUUAUGGGACAGUUUCAAUGCAUGACAUAUGGCUUAGUUGCUGGGUGUAAGUGUACACUUACAAGAAUGACACUAUUAUGUUAUGGAAGAUAAUUGGGAAGGAAACUGAAGUUUAUUGUGAAGUAAGAUUUGAAGAACACCUGCUUGUGGUUUUGGUUAAAUAGCUGCGAUUUGCAUAUGCUUACUUAGCAAAUUUGUUCCUGUUGCUUCGAGGAGAGUUCUAGAAUUACUGUAAGGCUGUACUUGUCACACUUCAGGGAGGUUUCAUCCCUGUCCUGUCAUUGAGAACCUUGGGUUUGAGGGAGACGAUAGGUAGGAAAGGAGGAAACUGCAGUGGGCUUGCAUUGGGUCACACUCUUCACAUGCAGAUGUGUGUGAAAUCUUGUAAUUAACCCACCACUUAACCUCCAACCCCAAGGGGACAUGGCCCAGAAGUAUCCCAGUGCUGGCAGAGCAGAGGGUGGAGAAGGAGAGGCUGUGGCAGGUAGUGGAUGCCCAGAGCUGCCCAGCACCUUGGUUUCUUACUGUAUUUCAAAAUUAAAUAAAACAGCCUUCUUACAUUUUGGUAUAAAAGCUGUGAACUUCAUAACUUUGUAAGCGAUAUAUAAAGCUAAUACAAGAAGAAAAUAAAGUACUUUUACUAAGUGUU